AUGGCGCGUCUGCAACUACCCCAAAAGUCUACACCCUUGAAGGAAUGUUGAUUCCGUAAUUUAGACAUAUUUCGUUGAAACUGUGUUUUUCCGAUGAAAUUUCAAUUAAAUCGCUGGUGCACAACAUGAAGGAGAUGGUUGGUGGGUGUUGUGUGUGCUCUGAUGAUCGGGGCUGGACAGAAAAUCCAUUAGUUUAUUGCGACGGAGCAGGAUGUACUGUUGCUGUUCACCAAGCUUGUUAUGGCAUUGUCGCCGUACCCUCAGGACCUUGGUUUUGCAGAAAGUGUGAGUCUCAGGAGAGGGCUGCAAGAGUGCAGAGAUGUGAAUUGUGUCCCAGCAAAGAUGGUGCCCUUAAACGCACUGAUAAUACAGGUUGGGCGCAUGUUGUAUGUGCUCUGUACAUACCAGAAGUGAGGUUUGGUAAUGUUUCAACUAUGGAACCGAUAAUUUUGAGCAUGGUUCCCCCAGAAAGGUUUAACAAGAGCUGCUAUAUAUGUGAAAAUCAAGGACGAGAGUCAAAAUCUAAAAUCGGUGCUUGCAUGAAUUGCAAUAAGCAAGGGUGCAAGCUCCAUUUUCAUGUGACAUGUGCUCAGGCCAUGGGCUUAUUGUGUGAAGAGGCUGGCAACUAUAUGGACAAUGUUAAGUACUGUGGGUACUGCCAACAUCAUUACUCUAAACUGAAAAAAGGCGCGAACCUGAAGACUAUACCGGCAUUUAAACCGUUACCACCGGUUGGGGCGUCCACCGAUCCCGCUUUCUCAGAAAAAUCCCUCCCGAUUUCCAGUGGGUCAACGUGGACUGGACAACCGCCUUCUGUAACCAGUAAUUGCAACGGGUCAAAGGAAAAACAGCGUAAAAAACCUGGCAGAAAAUCUAGCACUCAAGUGUCUCCCAAGGCUGGCAAUAGUCGUGAUUCCGCAUCAUCCUCCGUAAUCGUUGAGGGACCUAGUACAAGUGAUGACUCUAAAAUGAAACCCUCAAAAAGUGAAGUGAUUCCUUUCGCUAACGUAUUGGCUGGAGUAGGUUUAGUUCCCGGCCCGCGAGUGUCAAUGACCGACCAAAAUAACAUUGGUUUAGAAAAGCACGAACCAAGUGAAAUCGCGAAACAAGAAAAUGCUCGCAUUUCUGAUAAUAUCAACUCGAGCGGAGCGAAAAAAAAUGACAAGUACAAUGAAAGCUCAAAACCUUCAGGCAGCAUUAUUUCUGGUAAUGUCUCUGCUCCAGCAGAAACUCCUAGUAUCAAUAUAAAACUGGAUAAAAGUCGAGCGUCUCGUCGAAAGAUUUCCAUUCGUUCUACUAGCCCUACUAGCCAAGGGGGUAAUGACACAGAAUCAACCAUGUCGAGUAUGUCUGAUCAAGGUCUCGCAUCAUCUGUUGAACAAUUUGCGGCUAGUGAGCAGUGUGCCAAAGGACCCACAAUUGUUAAAGUUGAGUCCCCUAGCAUCCCUGAAACCCAACCGUCAACACUUCAUAGUGUUAUAGUUUCUAGUGCAACUGCAGCCCAGCAGGAAAGCACUCAAAUGCAGUCAUCACAAUCGGUGCCUCAACGUGCUGUUUCACCUCUGGUUAUUUCUGCGUGCUCGGGCAGUAGCAACCAAAUUCCGUCUGAUCAAGCAAAGUUAAAUUAUGGCGACAUCUACCAAAAUACCGAAAAGGAGCUAAGCAGACCAAUCUCGUCUGCGACACCGGCCAAGAAACCUCGGAGAGGCCGUACACCCAAAGUUAGUGCUCCUGUAGUGCCCGAAUCACCUCCAAGUAGCCCUGAUUCCGCAGGAGUGGAACAACAGCCCAAACGGAGGAAAAAAGCGACGAAAAGUGUUCCUGUUGGCGUGCAUAACGAUGAUCAACACAAUUUUUCGGCAGCAAUUAAUCGAGCAGAGAUUUUCCAGCCUUCUCAUGUAAAUCAACCUGCAUCACAAACAACAGAAAGUGCUCUGCGAAGAGAAAGCCCAUGCGUCAAUCAAAUGGCGAGAGAAAACGUUAACGUUAGUAAGGCACCGGAACAUGUAGUUCUCCCUACUUUUCCCAUUGCAUCAACCCUACCGGUCGGUAAUGCCGGAACGAAAGAUCUCAGCCCUUACAAGGAUAUUGCGGGUUCCUCAAUCGGCAAAGAAAACAGCCUCUACCUCCGGAAUGGGAUUACUGCACCUCACAUGUUAGGCAAUCAAUUGAAUCUUAAUUCAAGUGUUGCUCAGAAGAUGACGGACACCCUAGUUGCUGAAGUAGAAGCUCACAGUGUCACUGAUCAGCCCUCACCACUCGGCAAAAAUACCAACUUUGUAGGGGUGCCUUUCCCAUUUCGAACUGUUUCACCGUCGUUAAAACCGAGCACACAAUCAGGCAAUAGCGUUCCAGCUUUUCCGCAUAGUCUUGGAGAACUUCUGGAACGUCAGUGGGAGCAAGGAAGCCAAUUUUUAAUGGAACAGGCUCAGCAUUUUGACAUUGCAUCUUUGCUGUCGUGCCUGCAUAAUCUCAAGGAAGAAAACAUGCGGCUGGAGGAUCAUGUUGCCAACCUGAAUCGAAGAAGGGAUCAUUUAUUGGCAGUGAAUGCUAGGUUGUCUGUGCCACUUCAAUCAAACCAAAUGACGUAUACAAGCAACGUGGGCACUACCCCCGAUAGGUCCACACCAGGUACUGGUCAUGCAGUCGGUCAUGGAUUGCGUUAUUCACCACAAGAUCGUGAGCGAAACAGUCGUGCAACGCCUUACUUGCCUCAGAUGGAUAAUGGUAUUGGGAUAAGCGAACAUUUACCAGCUUCCAUAGGAAACGCGUUUUCUACUACGCACAGUAAUCAUAGAAGUCCCGCAAGCUCGAGUCAUCUAAGCGAUCGCGUCAUACCCAGUCCUGUCAUAGUUUCUUCUAGAAUGAAUCAUGUUUACCAUCCGGUUCCAUCUGGCGGAGCUAUAAGUCUUCCUUCCACCAUGUCACCGGUUCAGGGAUCAUCCGGCUUCAUGUCGGAAGGUCGAAAUUUGACAGUUCUUCGUAGCCCUUCUUCCACGCCAGAAAUGCGACCGGAAGUAGCACGAAGCACACCGUCUCAGCAACAUCCACAAUACACGUAUGUAUCGCCACCUCUUUCGUUACCCACACAUCAUACAGGAUCUUACGCGGGCAUUGCAAUGACUGCUUCGAACUCGCAAAAUCACCACAGCACGAAUGCUAGACGCGAGGGUUCUGAUUCCCGUCAUGCUAUAAGUCGACCGAGUCCCAUCGAACGCCGAUGAUGGGGUUAUCCAUUUACCUCUACCAUUUUGUUCACAACCACCGAUUCAGAUACGUUCCGGUUAAAAUUUUCUUAUCACAGUAAUUCGUUUUCCCUCCCUAUCUUUUAAAGUAGUGCGCGCGACUUAGACGUUCCGUUGUUUUUCGUCAGUUCGUAUUUACUUGUAAUGGCGCAAGGAAUCUGUUCAGUUAAUUGGGAUUUAGUUGGCUGCAGUAUUACGAGUCUAGCUAGAAAAAUUAGGUUAUGUUGCAAACAGAAAGGUAAAGAAACGACAGUAAUAGGUUUACGCAAAAACUUGCUCGACCACCUCCGACGAUUAAAUAUGCCAACAAAGCUGCCUGCUGCAAUUUUUCGAUUUCCUGUUUUCUCGACCACCGCUAUUUUUGAACGAAAACGUCAAACGAAAGAUCGCGAUUUUUGCUCCUCCGUACGCCUUUAAAACACAGCACCAUUUACUCUUCACGUUUUUCUACUACAGUGAAACAAGAAAAACACUGUACCGACAGAUCUCGUUUCAUCAGUCUAUUCAUCAUUAUUCACUAAAUCUGCAUGCCGGUCUGAAUUUCCUUUCUUGCCAUAAAAGAUGCUGCUUCAAUCUUUGUUAACAAAAAAAAUUUACCACCAAAUUAAACAAAAAAAAGUGUAUGUCCGUGUCAUGGUAAACGUGAACCGAAUGUCUAGAAUACUGUUUUGUUCUCGUAUAAUCAAGAAAAGCAUUACGGGUCGCGUCUCACGGACCAGUCCAUCUCAGUGGUAUCCCCCUAUUUCUGCUUGUCGUUUGUUCAUUUGUUUGUUGUUUUUACUGCAGUCUCCCAUCGUCUAGACAAUUGCCACGUACGAACGGUUUUGCUGAACGUCUAUUCUCAGUCGUUCUGGUAAGAUCAUUUACUUUGUUUCAGUUUUCUUUCUGUCCCUGUGGUCCCGUCCCCUUCACCUUCUCUGUCCCCAUUUCAAGCUUCAUGUCAUAUUAGUUAAACGUUUGUCUUGACUUGUCCAUUGUUUUUCUACCAUAAAACCUGCGCGUUUUCUUUUUCAAUCUGCAAAAUGUUGACAGUUGUUUCUCAUGUUGGCGUCCUUUUUUGUUCUGGUAAAAAGUUUUUUAAGGAAAUUCUCCAAAAAAAAUUUGUCUAUAAAAGAUUAUAUGUCA